UUUUAUUGUUUUCCACCCACUUCCAAGUCGAUACUAUCUGCCGUCUCAUGUCCAUCGUAUAACCUAUAUAAGCGGCUGCGCUGGGGCUGGCUGCGAUGGAGUAGUUUGUGGAUACGGCGGGAGCGCAGGGACGGGAGGGGGGCGGGCGGGCCAGUCGCGGAAUACUCGGACUCCCUGCCGUUCGCGGGCUGCUGCCGUCCGGGGAGCGGCUCCCGGGGGGAAGACACCUCGGCGUCUGGGACGGAGACACAGUGAAACAGGAGACCUCACGUAGCAGCGGAUCCUUCCUCUUCAUCCCCUCAUGCACUCUUCAGGUCGGACUGCAAUGAGUGGACUGAGGUCUUCUGGGCUUCUGGGGCUUGUACUCUUAAUGCUCUCAGCAGGAUACUGCAAAGAAAAAACAGACUCCACAGAUUUGAAGGACAAGCAAAGUCUCUUAAAUCUCAUCAUGGAGAUCAUUCAGGAACUGAAAAGGUACCACCUGGAGAAGGACAGUGGGAUGCAGUACUUCUCCAAGCAUGACUAUAACUUGGAUCGAAGGGAAGUGGCUGACUACGGAGGGUACCAGGACGAGCAGAGAGUUGAAAUAGUUCCCAGAGAUCUGAGGAUGAAAGACAAGUUCUUGAAGCAUUUAACAGGUCCACUCUACUUUAGUCCAAAAUGUAGCAAACACUUUCAUCGGCUUUAUCACAAUACAAGGGAUUGUACCAUCCCAGCAUACUAUAAAAGAUGUGCCAGGCUUCUUACUCGAUUGGCAGUAAGCCCUAUGUGCAUGGAAGGAUAAAGAUGUUAUUACCACUACAAGGAACACUAAGAACCAAGAGAAGUGCCUUGGAAACCAACAGGGAAACAGAACUUACUACCUUUCAGCAAAUUCCAUUGUGAACAAGAGAUUUAUUUUUGCAGAUUGACAGACUACUUCCCAUAAUUCUUUUAACAUGCAUUUUGUAUGUCAUUGACAGUUUGCAGAUUGACAUUCUUUACAGUAGUGUAACUGCCAGUAGUACUUAAUGCU